UGACAAACGAGUUACACUGUGCUAUCUGAUAUUCUUUUCAUUGUGUAACACGUAGUUCAAAGUACCGCCCUAUCAAGAAAAUGGCCCCCAAAAAGGGUGAAAAAGACAAAAAUCAACACAUUCAAGUUGUUGUUCGGUGCAGACCUCAAAACUACAAAGAGAAGAAAUCUGGAAGCUUCAGCGUCUUAGAAUGCAACACAGAAAAGAAAGAGAUCUCAGUGAAGGAGAAGCAACAUUCAACCGGGGUGGCAAAUACCAAGACUUUUGCCUUUGAUCGGGUGUUUGGACCCCAUUCUAAACAGCUUGAAGUCUACAAGGAAGUGGUACUCCCCAUCCUCGAUGAAGUCCUCCUGGGCUACAAUUGUACCGUGUUUGCAUAUGGGCAGACCGGUACAGGGAAGACCUUUACAAUGGUUGGUGAGAGAUCUGAAGAAGAGAUGUCCUGGGAAGAAGAUCCUCUGGCUGGUAUCAUUCCAAGAACACUUCAUCAGUUGUUUGAGAGGCUGCAGAAACAGGAGGUUGAACAUUCUGUCCGUGUGUCAUUCCUGGAGCUCUACAAUGAGGAGCUAUUUGAUCUUUUGAGCUCCAAUGAAGGCGAUAACUGUCGAAUGCGUAUCUUUGAUGAUGCCAAUCGAAAGGGUUCCGUAGUCAUCCAGGGUCUUGAAGAAGUGGUUGUCCACAACAAAAAUGAGGUGUAUAACAUCUUGGAGAAGGGUGCUGCCAAAAGACAGACUGCUUCAACCCUCAUGAAUGCACAAUCAAGUCGUUCGCAUUCCGUUUUCUCAGUGACCAUUCACACAAAGGAAAACUCCAUUGAUGGCGAAGAACUCCUAAAGACAGGGAAGUUGAAUCUGGUCGAUCUUGCUGGCAGCGAGAAUAUUGGCCGGUCUGGUGCGGUAGAUAAGAGGGCACGCGAAGCUGGCAAUAUCAACCAGAGUUUGUUGACCCUUGGCCGUGUGAUCACAGCACUUGUGGAACACGCCCCCCAUGUUCCCUACAGAGAAAGCAAACUGACCAGGUUGCUUCAAGACUCACUCGGAGGGAGAACAAAGACUUCCAUUAUUGCUACCAUCUCACCAGCUUCUUGCAACCUUGAGGAAACUCUGAGUACAUUGGACUAUGCUCACCGUGCUAAAAACAUCACCAAUCGACCAGAGGUAAACCAGAAACUCACCAAGAAGCAUCUGCUGAGGGAAUACACAGAAGAAUUGGAGAGGUUGAGACGCGAUCUGCAGGCCUGUAGGGAGAAGAAUGGAAUAUACUUAGACAAUGAGAACUACAGUCAAAUGCAGACUGAUCUUAUGCAACAGCGCGACCAGAUCAAGGAGCUGGAUGAACAUCUGAAGUUGACCAAAGAUGAAUUCAUAAAGAUUUCUGAGAUGUUCAGCAUCACUAAACAAGAGUUGAUGAUGGUAGAAGAACAGCUAGACGACACUACACAACAGCUCGACCACACGAAGGUGGUCCUGAGACAAACCAAAGUGGCCUUGAAGGAGACUGAGGUAGAAAGAGAGGAACAGCGAUUCUUGGUGAAUGAGCAUGUCAAAACAGAGAAGGGCUUGUUCAGCCAGGCAUCUCAGCUUGUGAAAACGGCAGACUCCAGUACGUCGGAUGUCCAUGGCCUGCACGCCAAGGUUGACAGAUUGAAAAGCGUGGAGGCGGUAAAUGAGACCACAAAAGAGACUUUCCUUUCUCGGUUUACGGACAACGUUCGCAACAUGGAUAACAACCUUCAGCAGUACUCAGUCUCCCAGAUUGAACUUGGUAAUAAUCUCUCCGCUAACAUCAAUGCAGGCUUAAGCAGACGUGCGGCUGAGGUUCAGGGUCUGUGUAGUGCACUCACCAGUGUCAUGGGCAAGCUGAAAGAGCAGACAAACUCAUUACAAUUACAGCAUGUUCAGCUAAAGGACAAGGAGGAAACUUGUCUGAGUUCCUUGGCAAACCAAGCAAACACCGCCAAGGAUACAGCGAUAACAAAUUUCGUCUCCUUCCAAGAACACAUGUUUCAACCGUUGAUGGACAGCCUGUUGAACCAAUUUACACAGCAGAGUGAGGCCCUGGCAGAGUUGAGUCAGACUUUGAAUAACCAGAUGUGCCACCAUCAAGGCAUUGUGAAUCAGUUUGUGGCAGAACAACAGUGUGGUCUACGACAAGCUGAGGAACAAGUUGGAGCAUUCACCAAGCAGCAAAGCAGCUAUCUCGACCACCAUAAGAAUCUGACGUCUGGCAUGCUGGAAUCACAGAACGAGUUGGCAGAGAACCUGAAGCAUAAACUGAUUGAGGAUGUGACAAAUGCAAUACAGAACGUUGUAGAAGAGCAGAGUAAACAUCGGUCAGAGGCCACACAACGCGUGAUGGACAAUUUCGUCCAAAAUGAUGCCAUGGUUGUUGAGAUGAACAAACAAAUACAAUGUUCAACGCAGAAACUCUUCGCCGACACUGAAAUCCAUCGCACAAUCUUCACACAGCAGACAACGGAUGAUACGGCUGCAGCACAGAGGGGUAUCGGAGAGGUGGCGAGGCUGAACCAGGAUAGUCAAGAAAUCAGGACAACGUUGCAUCGAGACGUUGAUACCUUCUUCCAGGGUCAGCAAGAUGCAUGGACUCAGCAUCAUAAAACUAUGGUAGAGGCAACUGGGGAUCAUAAGCAAGGCCUUCAAACAGAUGUUGGACAGAUUACCGAAAGUGUACAGGAAUUCGUCCACAAGUGUGCAGCUUCUUUAGAAGCAGAACAGACAACAGCCGGCGUACAGCACGAGUUGCACCAGGCUGACAUGGAAAGCCACAAGCAAUACCUCGAGACCAUGAGGAACAAACAAAACAGUUUCUCCAGCGAAGAAAGCCAGGAACUGCAGAAGCGUCUCCGAGAUGUCGAGGGCCUUGUGUCUGAGGAACUAGUCAAGGAUGUGCCCACAGGCACCACUCCCCAGCGACGUGACUUCAGCUACCCAAGGCGCCUGAUGAAGACACAGCCCCAUGAUACUCUACUGAAGCAGUUCACAGUGAACAUGGAUCAUGAGGUGCUGACCAAGUUACAGGCCAUGCCGCUCCCAGAUGAGACAACUGAGGAGGAAGAUGAAGGACUGGAGUCCAUGCAGAGUGGAACAACUGAUAUCAGCGCGGAUGCUGCAAGUGUGAGUGAUGACGAGUCUUCUACUUCUUCAAAAUCAGAUCUUUCACAGGAAGAAGAAAGUAUUAAAUGUGAAGAGGUCUUCAAAGAAAACUGUACACCAGCGGCGACAAAGAAAAAACCCAGAUGUCCGCACCCGAGUCGGACGCGCACACCCAAAACACACGAAAAACUGACACCAAAGGUUCGGUCACGUCUACCAUUACGAAACAGCAAUAACAGUAACUGAUGAUACGAUUUUCGAAGGACCCCUUGACUGGUUUCGGUUUUAAAUCUGUGUUUAUCACCGUGUACAAACAUACAAUGCUAUACCUGCCAGAAGACUGUCACUGUAUAGAUUUUAUGAAUGGUCAAUAUCGAUGGCUUUGUUGGAAAGCCUUUGUUACUUUAGAUGCUUGUCUACAGUUGAAAGUUCCAUGAUCUUUUCCCAAGUGUAGGCCUAUUGUUCUUGCUUUUCAAUGUAAGACUGAAAAUAUAUCGUAGGUUGCUUGGUAACUGACCUUGAUUUUAGUGAAUUGAUGUGUAAUGUAUAUUCUGUUUUUUAUUCUUGUAAAUAAUUAUGAGCGAGAUUUUAUAAUCUAGGCUUCAGACAAAGUAUUUGAAAAUACCGGGAUGAAUGGAAAUGAGAAGCUGGCUGGCUGAUAUUAAUCGCCAGUAGUGUAUGCAAUAAUGAUUUUGGAGUGAUCAUGGUAUCUGACAAGUCAUAAUAUGGUUUACUGUCUUGUAUGUUUUGACCGCUAGAAGAUCUGGCUUUGUAUAAUUAGUGGUGAGUUGUAAUUGUUGAGUAAAGUAUUCUGUCAGUGGUGAUGCGAGUGAAAACAUGCCCUCUAUCACAGACACACUUGGGAAUGAACACUGGUGUUUUGGACUGAAGCUCGGUACCUUGAUACAGAGGUGUUCCACUGGCUGAGGCGUUAGCAAGGAAGGUUCUACUGUACUAUUGUGUGCAAUAUCAUCGUUCUUAGAAAUUUGGUCUGGAAGGUUAUAAUCAUAUUUCAUACAUUUAUUGCUGUCCUCGGGGUGUUCAAAUUGUCUCUUAUCCCGUUGAGCAAAACUAUGUAAGUCUCUGUGAGGAAUGUUCCACUGUUCUUGCCUUGUAGUUUUGCUUUGAGGUAUAUUCACUUAUUGGUUAAAACUGCUUCUUGUCAGUUCUUUAAUACAGUGUCGAUUUUCAUAUCCCUAGCUUGCUAAAACAAUAUGCAUUUUCAAAUCCAUGUAUAAAUAACCACCAAGCAUGAGACAAGUGUAUGCAAUAAUUCGGAAAUUGGUUUUCUGUGUAAGAUGGUCAUGUCAUGUAUUUAUUAGCGAGAUAAUUUUUAUC